UGUCGCGUUCCCGAGGCUGCUGCUGUCGUGCAAUUGUCGCGUCUCUUCGCCGCCGCCGCCGCUGUCGCGAUAGCGCCGAACUUGCCGCCUCCUGUCGCGCCUGUUGUCGCGCUGGCGGGUCGCGGGGACGAUGAACCCCACGGGGCCCCCGGCCGCCUCGGGCCCCUUGGGCCUCACCCCGCGGCGGGGAGGCUGCGCGGGCUGGGCGGGCUGGGCGGGCUGGGGAGGCUGGGCGGGUUCGGGCAGGCGGUGAUCGGGCCCCCGGGCUCGGGGAAGACCACGUACUGCGGCGCAGUGCAGAGGCUCCUGGCCACGGAGCUAGGCCGCCCCGUGGCCGUCAUCAACCUGGACCCGGCCAACGACAGCCUCCCCUACAGCUGCGCGGUGGACAUCUCGGAGCUGGUCACGCUGAGUGAUGUCAUGGACACCCUGAAGCUGGGGCCCAACGGAAGCCUCAUCUACUGCAUGGAGUACCUGGAGGCGAACGUGGACUGGCUCCACGCCAAGCUACAGGCUCUGUCUGGUCACUACCUGCUCUUCGACUGCCCGGGUCAGGUGGAGCUCUACUCUCACCACGGCGCCGUGCGCAACGUCCUCGCUACACUCGGCAAGUGGGAUCUGCGCCUGUGUGCCGUGCACCUGGUGGACUCGCACUACUGCAGUGACCCGGGCAAGUUCGUGUCGGUGCUGUGCACGGCGCUAGCCGCCAUGCUGCACGUGGAGCUGCCGCAUGUGAACGUCCUCUCCAAGGUGGAUCUCAUCGAGACGCAGGGCCCUCUGGCCUUUAACCUGGACUUCUACACGGAGGUGAUGGACAUGAGCUACCUGCUGCAGUAUCUCGCUGACGAUCCGUUCUUCAGGAAGUACAAGAAACUCAACGAGGGGCUGAUAGAGAUGGUGGAGUCCUACAGCCUCGUGUCCUUCAUUCCUCUCAACGUUCAGGACGCAGAGAGCCUGCGGGCCGUGGUGCGCGCCGUGGACAAAGCCAACGGCUGCUGCUUCGGAGAGGGGGAGCGGAGGAGCAUUGGGGCCAUGAUGUCCACAGCCCUGGGCUCCGACUUCCACUUCCCUCAGACCCUGGGGGUGCAGGAGCGGUAUGUGAAUCCAGUGGGGCUCUCCCUGCAGGAGGAGCUGGAGGAGCUGUGAGGGGCCGUGUGCUGCCCCCCCCCCGCCCCAACGGCACACCUGCUGCCCCGUGCUGCACCGUGGAGGUGCUUGCGGGAGGGGGGGGGGCCCUGACCCGGACCGCCGGAAAGGCCACGGCGCGGCAUCAGGCCGGACAUUUAGGAAAAGGUCGGGGUCACCCACACUUGACCCCACCAGGCGGCGGCACCUGCCGGCGAACGGCGUGUGGCAAUCGAACCGGGGCCCGCCCGCCCGCCUCGCCGGCAGGUUGUUGACCGGCCUGCCGUGGCCGCCGCCGCUGCCCGGGGUUCGUGGGGGUCACGCCGACCGGCGUCGGACACAAGGACGGGUCGACGCUGCCCGAUGUUUACCCAGGGUCGCCACCUCAUGCGCUGCAGAUGGGUACGCGGCGUGUCACAGCAAAAGGAAGGUGAUGAAGAGGAAGAUGGAGUGGAUCCCGGGAUGGGGGGAUGAGGGGAGGGAGACGGGUGAACGCGUUGUCCCGAGCGAUGCGUCGCCACCGCUGCCGCUGUUGUGAUGCAAGUCUCCUCCUCCUCAUCAACAAAAUGAUCGUGGGAAAUUCAGGACGGGUGGCAACCGUAUGACCUACCUACCCACUCACCCACUAGCCCACUCUUUGUAUGUAUGUUGAACUUCUUUCGCACCACACGUAGCCAACCGCACUCACCCACGAGCCCACUCUUUCACUCACCCACUAAGUUUUGGAAGACGUUGAUAUUCCCCGGGAGAACAGCGGCCUACUUAACUAGGGGAUGAUCCUAUGAAACCCCAGGACAGGUGGAGAAACCCUCCCGCUCACUCUCCCACUCAACCACUUGGCCAAUUACCCAGUCACCCACACACAUAUCCACUGACUCACCCACGCAGUCAGUCCUGGGAAGACUGCGAGAAUUCUCAGCACAGCAGCUGCUUCCUCAACAAGACGACAAUCCUGGGAACCUCAGGGCAGGUAGAUAAACCCUCCUCGCCCACUCACCCACCCAUUGAUUCACUCACCCAGUCAUCCACUUGCCCUAUCAUCCAAUCAUCAGCCACACACACAGCCAUUCGAGAUAAUAAAUCUGUGCCUUGACGGAC